UGGACACCUACAAUGACAUGUCUUUUGGAGACAUCUUCCUGCACCUGCUGACCGGACACCUCACACUGCUCUCAGAUGAGUUUGGAUCAGAGGACUUUUGUUCUUUUGUCUUUGAUGGUUUCCUUCUCACUUCCUUCUCCAGUAAAGAAAACGUCCACAGACACAUCCUGCGCAUGUUGCUGCAUCUGCACCACAAAGUUCUGCCCUCAUAUAUGGAGACUUUGAUGAAGACUCUUGAACCUCCCAAACAGUGCAGCGAACCGCUGAAGGACUUACACAGUCAGCUAAUAGAGAAGCUGGAGGCCCAGAAGAAGAGCCCACCGCCCCUGGAUGAGACUGCAUCCCUGGACCUGGGGCUGCACCCGGUCUCUGUGCCCACCACCCCCUCCACUCCGACCACACCUCUCUGAGGCAGAAGGGCAUAAGACCAGCUGUCGAGUGAAUACGUCACAUUUCUUUUACAUUUAGCUUCUGUAGAUAUUAGUCUCCCCGCUGU